UGUACAAAUAGCAAAGAGUGCUGUGACUCUUCGGAGCAAAGGAUUGUAAAUGUUGGCCUCGAUUUGCACUGCCGUCAGAGAGCCAAGCUGCGGAAAGCACGAUCUUGAAAAUCCAGCAAGGGCUUUUGCCCUUCCUGAAGCCAUGGCGUUUGUGAAGGUGCUGAAGAAUGCGGCAUACUUCAAGCGCUUCCAAGUGCAGAGACGUCGCCGCAGAGAGGGCAAGACAGACUAUCAUGCUCGCCGAAAAAUGGUGCGCCAAGACAAGAACAAGUUCAACAACCGAAAAUACCGUAUGGUAGUGAGAUUCACCAACAGGCGCUGCAUUUGCCAGUGUGUCUAUGCAACUUUGCGUGGAGAUAUUGUUGUUGCAGCAGCAUCCUCCCAUGAGCUGGCCCAAUUUGGCAUCCCGGCUGGCCACAAGAACUAUGCAGCAGCCUAUGCCACUGGAUUGCUGUUGGCUCGUAGAGUGCUGAAGAAGUUCGGCCUCGAUGAGAAGUUCAAGGGCAAGGAAGAGCUAGAUGGUGAGGAGUACCAUGUUGAAGACGAAGAGAACGAGCAGAGGCCUUUCAAGUGCAUCCUUGAUGUUGGCAUUCGCCGUACUUGCGUGGGUCACAGGAUGUGGGGAGCUCUGAAGGGAGCCGUUGAUGGUGGCCUGCAUGUGCCUCACAAGACCAAGAACUUUCCUGGUUUCAAAGCAGCAGACGAAAAGGGCGGUGAGUCCGAGUACGAUGCUGAGGCCCACAAGGAGAAGAUUUUUGGAAAUCAUGCUGCUUGGCCAGACUUUGAUGCAGGGAAGGCUAUUGUGAAAGAGUACAUGGAGAUGCUGCAAGAGGAAGAUCCAACGAAGUAUGAGGCGCAUUUUUCGAAGUACAUUGAGGCUGGCAUCGAUGCCGAGAAGAUGGAGGACAUGUACACAGAGGCACAUGAGAAGAUCCGUGAAGACCCAGAUGGCGAGAAGGCUGAGAAGAAGGAUAUCAGCUAUGAGCGAGAUGGCGACACCAUGAAGGCCUCUGAUGGCACUGAGCAUACUCGAUCUCACAAAAUCACUCUUGAGCAGCGCAGGGAGAAGGUCUUGGCAAAGAUUGCAGCCGCGCAGGUGCUGAAGAAUGCGGCAUACUUCAAGCGCUUCCAAGUGCAGAGACGUCGCCGCAGAGAGGGCAAGACAGACUAUCAUGCUCGCCGAAAAAUGGUGCGCCAAGACAAGAACAAGUUCAACAACCGAAAAUACCGUAUGGUAGUGAGAUUCACCAACAGGCGCUGCAUUUGCCAGUGUGUCUAUGCAACUUUGCGUGGAGAUAUUGUUGUUGCAGCAGCAUCCUCCCAUGAGCUGGCCCAAUUUGGCAUCCCGGCUGGCCACAAGAACUAUGCAGCAGCCUAUGCCACUGGAUUGCUGUUGGCUCGUAGAGUGCUGAAGAAGUUCGGCCUCGAUGAGAAGUUCAAGGGCAAGGAAGAGCUAGAUGGUGAGGAGUACCAUGUUGAAGACGAAGAGAACGAGCAGAGGCCUUUCAAGUGCAUCCUUGAUGUUGGCAUUCGCCGUACUUGCGUGGGUCACAGGAUGUGGGGAGCUCUGAAGGGAGCCGUUGAUGGUGGCCUGCAUGUGCCUCACAAGACCAAGAACUUUCCUGGUUUCAAAGCAGCAGACGAAAAGGGCGGUGAGUCCGAGUACGAUGCUGAGGCCCACAAGGAGAAGAUUUUUGGAAAUCAUGUGAAAGAGUACAUGGAGAUGCUGCAAGAGGAAGAUCCAACGAAGUAUGAGGCGCAUUUUUCGAAGUACAUUGAGGCUGGCAUCGAUGCCGAGAAGAUGGAGGACAUGUACACAGAGGCACAUGAGAAGAUCCGUGAAGACCCAGAUGGCGAGAAGGCUGAGAAGAAGGAUAUCAGCUAUGAGCGAGAUGGCGACACCAUGAAGGCCUCUGAUGGCACUGAGCAUACUCGAUCUCACAAAAUCACUCUUGAGCAGCGCAGGGAGAAGGUCUUGGCAAAGAUUGCAGCCGCGCAGGCCAAGAUGAUGGAAGAGUGA